GAUAUAAUUCCCAGCAGAGGACAAAUAGCCAAGUCAUUGGAUUUAACCUUCUUCAGGUGCUCAGGAUUCUAGGAAACCUCAGAAAAUAACAGGGAUUUACAGAAACAUUGGCUGCUUGGGUUUGGACUAUACUACAACAUGGGGAUGUUUUGGAGAUCUCUCCUGCUGCUGCUGCUUUCUACUAUAAUGGCGGAGGGUCUGUCCAGUACAGUGGAAACAUCCACCAGUGAAGUUACAACCACAGAGGAGACAUCCACCAGUGAUGUUACAACCAUAGAGGAGACAUCCACCAGUGAUGUAACAACCACAGAGGAGACAUCAACCAGUGACGUUACAACCACAGAGGAGACAUCCACCAGCGAUGUUAAAACCACAGAGGAGACAUCCACCAGUGAUGUAACAACCACGGAGGAGACAUCAACCAGUGAUGCUACAACCACAGAGGACACAUCCACCAGUGAUGUAACAACCACAGAGGAGACAUCAACCAGUGAUGUAACAACCACAGAGGAGACAUCCACCAGUGAUGUUACUACCACAGAGGAGACAUCAACUAGUGAUGUAACAACCACAGAGGAGACAUCCACCAGUGAUGUUACUACCACAGAGGAGACAUCCACCAGUGAUGUAACAACCACAGAGGAGACAUCAACCAGUGAUGUAACAACCACAGAGGACACAUCCACCAGUGAUGUAACAACCACAGAGGAGACAUCAACCAGUGAUGUAACAACCACAGAGGAGACAUCUACCAGUGAUGUUACUACCACAGAGGAGACAUCCACCAGUGAUGUUACUACCACAGAGGAGACAUCCACCAUUGAUGCUACAACCACAGAGGAGACAUCCACCAGUGAUGUAACAACCACAGAGGAGACAUCCACCAGUGAUGUUACUACCACAGAGGAGACAUCCACCAGUGAUGCUACAACCACAGAGGAGACAUCAACCAGCGAUGUAACAACCACAGAGGAGACAUCAACCAGCGAUGUAACAACCACAGAGGAGACAUCCACCAGCGAUGUUACAACCACAGAGGAGACAUCCACCAGUGAUGUAACAACCACAGAGGACACAUCCACCAGUGAUGUAACAACCACAGAGGAGACAUCAACCAGUGAUAUAACAACCACAGAGGAGACAUCCACCAGUGAUGUUACUACCACAGAGGAGACAUCAACCAGUGAUGUAACAACCACAGAGGAGACAUCCACCAGUGAUGUUACUACCACAGAGGAGACAUCCACCAGUGAUGUAACAACCACAGAGGAGACAUCAACCAGUGAUGUAACAACCACAGAGGACACAUCCACCAGUGAUGUAACAACCACAGAGGAGACAUCAACCAGUGAUGUAACAACCACAGAGGAGACAUCCACCAGUGAUGUUACUACCACAGAGGAGACAUCCACCAUUGAUGCUACAACCACAGAGGAGACAUCCACCAGUGAUGUAACAACCACAGAGGAGACAUCCACCAGUGAUGUUACUACCACAGAGGAGACAUCCACCAGUGAUGCUACAACCACAGAGGAGACAUCCACCAGUGAUGUAACAACCACAGAGGAGACAUCCACCAGUGAUGUUACUAGCACAGAGGAGACAUCCACCAUUGAUGCUACAACCACAGAGGACACAUCCACCAGUGAUGUAACAACCACAGAGGAGACAUCCACCAGUGAUGUAACAACCACAGAGGAGACAUCCACCAGUGAUGUUACAACCACAGAGGAGACAUCCACCAGUGAUGUAACAACCACAGAGGAGAUAUCAACCAGUGAUGUAACAACCACAGAGGAGACAUUAACCAGUGAUGCUACAACCACAGAGGACACAUCCACCAGUGAUGUAACAACCACAGAGGAGACAUCAACCAGUGAUGCUACAACCACAGAGGACACAUUCACCAUUGAUGCUACAACCCCAAAAGACACAUCCAGCUCUGAUGUAACAACUCCAAAAGACACAUCCAGCUCUGAUGUAACAACCCCAAAAGACACAUCCAGCUCUGAUGUAACAACCCCAAAAGACACAUCCAGCUCUGAUGUAACAACUCCAAAAGACACAUCCAGCUCUGAUGUAACAACUCCAAAAGACACAUCCAGCUCCGAUGUAACAACCCCAAAAGACACAUCCAGCUCCGAUGUAACAACACCAAAGGACACAUCCAGCUCUGAUGUAACAACUCCAAAGGACACAUCCAGCUCCGAUGUAACAACCCCAAAAGACACAUCCAGCUCUGAUGUAACAACUCCAAAGGACACAUCCAGCUCCGAUGUAACAACCCCAAAGGACACAUCCAGCUCCGAUGUAACAACACCAAAGGACACAUCCAGCUCCGAUGUAACAACCCCAAAAGACACAUCCAUCCCCGAUGUAACAACCCCAAAAGACACAUCCAGCUCCGAUGUAACAACACCAAAGGACACAUCCAGCUCCGAUGUAACAACACCAAAGGACACAUCCAGCUCCGAUGUAACAACACCAAAGGACACAUCCAGCUCCGAUGUAACAACCCCAAAAGACACAUCCAGCUCUGAUGUAACAACCCCAAAAGACACAUCCAGCUCCGAUGUAACAACACCAAAGGACACAUCUAGCUCGGAUGUAACAACCCCAAAAGACACAGCCAUCCCCGAUGUAACAACCCCAAAAGACACAUCCAUCCCCGAUGUAACAACCCCAAAAGACACAUCCAGCUCCGAUGUAACAACCCCAAAAGACACAUCCAGCUCCGAUGUAACAACCCCAAAAGACACAUCCAGCUCCGAUGUAACAACCCCAAAAGACACAUCCAGCUCCGAUGUAACAACCCCAAAAGACACAUCCAGCUCCGAUGUAACAACCCCAAAAGACACAUCCAGCUCUGAUGUAACAACCCCAAAAGACACAUCCAGCUCCGAUGUAACAACACCAAAGGACACAUCCAGCUCGGAUGUAACAACACCAAAGGACACAUCUAGCUCGGAUGUAACAACCCCAAAAGACACAUCCAUCCCCGAUGUAACAACCCCAAAAGACACAUCCAGCUCCGAUGUAACAACCCCAAAGGACACAUCCAGCUCCGAUGUAACAACCCCAAAGGACACAUCCAGCUCCGAUGUAACAACACCAAAGGACACAUCCAGCUCGGAUGUAACAACACCAAAGGACACAUCUAGCUCGGAUGUAACAACCCCAAAAGACACAUCCAUCCCCGAUGUAACAACCCCCAAAGACACAUCCAGCUCAGAUGUAACAACCCCAAAGGACGUAACCAACCCUUCUGCUAGUACAAAUGGUGCUGUUAGCUCUCAGACAACAACCAUCAGAGUUACUACUUCAGCUUCAAAACCAGUGGGUGAUUGUAAAAAUGAUGGUUAUUUCGAUGGAGUAAAGUGCGUGUGUAAACCCAACUUCUACGGCAGGCAGUGCGAAUUUGUCAGCAAUGAGAUAAGACCAGAGAUUUUUAUCAAUGUGGAUGUCACAGUCACGGUGGAGAAUGGAGUUUAUACUGCAGAACUGAACAAUACAAACUCCCAGCAAUACAAGGAUUUUGACAAGAGGUUCCAGAUAGAGAUGAGAAAGGUAUAUGGGAAACUACCCAACUACCAACAUGUGAAAAUCAUAUCAAUCGGAAAUGGAAGCAUAAUAGUUAAUCAUCUGGUUGUGCUGAAAACCUAUGUAGAACUGUAUAACAGUUCCUUGGACGCAAUGGAGAACAUACUGAAUGCAACUAACUGCACAGACAGUAACAACGAGAGAUUGUGCUUUAAACCAGGCAGUGCACACGUGACUCGAUCUGAGUUAAACGUUCAAGACGCCUGUUUAAAUGAUCCCACAAUCCCAGCUGAUUUACAGAAAUACUAUGCCAUAAAGGAAAUUUCAGGAUCAGUGGUUUGUGUGUCCAACUGCAGCGAGAAUAAUGAUUAUUCUAUAAACUGCAACAACGGGCAGUGCAGCGUCACGCGCCAAGGACCCCUGUGCUUUUGUACCUCAUCGGACCAGUUCUGGUACACAGGAAACCGCUGCCAGAUGCCCAUCAGCAAAAUUGGGGUCUAUGUCGGGGUGCCAAUAGCCGUGGCUGCACUGAUCAUUACAAUUGUGACUUUGUCUGUCUUUCUACACCGACGCAGAGGGGGUCCAUCCAAAGAAAGGUUGAUAGAUGAAGAUCAGCGGUGGUAUGAGGAUGGCUUUGAAGGGGACAACUCUUCUGUAGGCUCCAAAUAUAACACAGGGGCUACCAAUAAUGCAGCCGGUUCUCCACAACUCAGACCUCCACAAGAUAAUUUUCACCCGGUUCUGUCGCAGGUGGACACGUCUUUGAAGGUGAAGGUCCCAAGACCGGACGUGGUAUCAUAUAACUGGUGAAGCUUGGGAAGAACGUACACCCUUGAAGAACAAAUGUAAACCAUCCUGUCUCCACACAAGCAGCACAUCUAUAGGACAGAUGUAGAGAAGAAAAUAAAAGACUUGACAGAAACCAACUCUCUUUUAUUAUAAUGUCAUGAAUAUCAAAGAGUUGCUUGAUUUCAUCUACUUUAGCCUUGGGACACUCCAUGCCACGGAACAAAUGAAACCAAUGCAGUUCCAGGAGCCACUGGACUGGUCUUCUCAGCUGUCAUUUAGAAGUCAUUUUUUAAUGUGAAAUAUAUUGUAUUUGUAUCCACUGCUGCACCAGGCGGUGCAUUUAAUCCAUAUAAUAUGAAGUGGUCUUACAAAGGAAAAGCUGGGACCAAUCAGAGGACAGUAAAUUGUGUACAAGUCAGCCGCAGUGUGUGGCUACAGGGCUAGUGGAACAAGGGCCGAUAUACUCGACAAUACAAAAUCGUAUCACAAACGUGUUUACAAAGUAUUUAUAAUUUAUUGUAUUUUGUACAUAUAUGCAAUAUUUAAAUAUAUAUAUAUAUACACACUAUUUUAAUAUAAAGGCAAUAUGGCACCUUAUUCAUUUUAUUGUGAUUUGCUUGUAUUGUACAUAUUUUAA